AUGGAUGUGGGUAGAAGGAGAGACGGGGUAAGGAGUGGUGUGGUUGCAGGGUCUGUGUGGGAGAGCAGAAUGAAGAUUGAUGAAGUCAAAGGUGGAAUUAAGGUCUUCAAUGGCGAUCAGGAGAAUUCUGAAGAUCAGAGUAAUGCUAGCAAUGGGGUUGCUGGAACUCGUACAAGGUCGAAGAGAGGUCAAGCUGGUGGUGCACUGACUGCUGCUGGCAAGAGAAAGACUUGGAAAUCUGACACCUCUGAAGGUUUUGAGAAGAACCCAAUUCAGAUAUCCAAAGCAAAAACAGAGUCUUUGAAGAAUUCUGACCAACAGUGCAAGGAACUGAGUGUGUCUGUUGAUGGGAUCAAGAAGAGCCCAACUCAGCUGAGAAGGCUUAGAUCUGAGGCAAGCAAGGAGAUUGGUGCUGCUGCUUCUGAUAAAAAUGAGAGAAGCUCAGUUGGGAUUAGGAAACCAAGGAAUGAAUUACGGAAAAGUGCUAGUGAUUUGGGUGAAGCUAGUGUGGGAAUUGAGAAAAAUUCAGCUCAGUUAAGGAAGGUAAAAUCAGAGUGUAAUAAGGGACUUGAUGCUUCUGGUAAUGCAAUUCAAUUGGGAAAAGCGAAAUCUGAGUCCAAUAAGGCCUUGGAUGAAUCUGAUAAGGAAAUUGAUACGCCUGUUGAGGUAAUUGAGAAAAGCCCAGUUGAGAUUGAAAACAGUGGAUCUGAGGAGAAUUGCAAGGAGUUCGCAUCGGUGCAUGAUGGUGAUGAUCAAGAGGGUGAUGAAGAAGACGAUGGAGAUGAAUUGGAGGAAGAGGUGGAUGAGGAAAUUGAGGUUGAGGUUGAAAAGAAAAGCGUUGAUAUUAAGGAAGUCAAUGCAACAGAAGAGAAAUUGACCACCAAGGUUGUGAAUGAAGAGAAGGUAGUGAAAGUGAAUGAGGUCAAGAAGCUUCUUCACCUUGACCGCAAAGAAGUGAAAAAGCUUUAUCAAGUUCAUCAAAAUCAGAAGCCAGAACCCAUCUCCUUAAACUUGACAAAACCACUUCCUGUUAUAAAACGUGCAACAGUUCAUUCAAACAUCCCCAAACAAACUUCGUUUGCAGCUUCAAAUGAGUACCAUAACCAUACCAGCUUCCAAGAAACACAUAGCAGAUUGCAAAGUUUAGUGGAUUUAAUUAUGUGGAAAGAUAUAUCAAGAUCGGUUUUUGUAUUUGGAAUGGGAACAUUUGUGAUACUAUCAUCCUCCUACACCAAGGAUCUUAAUAUCAGCUUUAUUUCUGUCAUAUCCUAUCUGGGGCUUCUUUAUCUAGGUGCCAUCUUCCUCUUUAAGUCCAUUAUCUGCAGGGGAGCUGUUGAAGUAGAUAAUGCAAACUAUGUGGUGGGCGAAGAAGAAGCAAUGUGGUUGCUAAAACUGGUUCUCCCUUACUUGAAUGAGCUCCUCCUAAAGAUGAAAGCUUUAUUUUCUGGGGAUCCUGCUACCACAAUUAAGUUGGCAGUGCUGCUCUUUGUUCUGGCCAGGUGUGGCAGCUCCAUAACCAUUUGGACGAUGUCCAAAGUGGGCUUUUUCGGAGUUUUCACCCUGCCAAAAGUCUGCUCUUUGUACUCAGCCCAGUUAACUGUUUACGCUAAAUUUUGGAUUCGACGGUUUCGGGAUGCUUGGGAAUCAUGCACUCACAAGAAGGCCUUGACCGUUGCCAUAUUUCUACUGGUUUGGAACCUGUCUUCCGUCGUGGCUCGAAUAUGGGCUGCGUUUAUAUUGGUGGUGGCCUUCCGAUACUAUCAGCAGAAAUUGGUGACGGAAGAGUGGGUGGAAGAAGAAGAAGAAGAAGAAGAAGAAUAUGAGGAUGAUGCAGGGGGUGAAGAAAAGUGGGAAGAAGCACUAGGAGCAGAAAGACUAAGACAAAGGCAUGUGCAAUCUCAAGUGGAUAAUAAUAUUACCAAACCAAAAAAGGAUUCUAGAUAA